AUGCCACUUCAGCCGGAAAAUGGCUUCUCCUCCACUGUAAAAGAUGCAAUCGCUGAGAUGGAAAAGCAGCUAGCUAUACCUACGGUAGAUGGAGGACGCAAGACUGAGAUCCAGGUCAUCUCCGAGGAUCCGAAAUUUUCCCCGGAAUCUUCGGAUGUGCCACGCAGCCCUCGAGCAUUGAAGAAAAAACCAAGGACAGGUGUUACUGGUAAGGAUGUUAUUGCCACCGGGAGUGUAUCAACACCUCUCCUUGACGAUCAUGUGAUGGAGGAGAUGAUCGACAUAGGUUCCCGAUAUAUCGGGUUCCGCGACGAGGCCGACUCCUUGAGAAAAGCGUUGCAUCUUGCUGAGAAGCGUGCCAACGAACUGGAGAGGGAACUCAGAGCUAGCGAGGAAGCUUGCGAAAAAGCUGAACAGGAAGCUGCGAGUGUUGGAGAUCUUGGAGACAGACUCCAUGCCGCUGAACAUUCUUUGAGUGAAAAAGAAGAGAAGAUUGCAAAACGAGAAGCCCACAUUAUUGUGCGUCUUGAAAAAACUGGUGAGAUGUACACCAGGAACCAGGACUUGGAAGAAGACGCCCUCCUGGACACUCUCUCAAUUCUAGAGAUGAACUGCACUUUGGCACGCAAUUGCUUGAUGGCGGCACGGGUUGCAUUUGAACGCAUAUUCCCGCAUUUCUUCCCGAAGGCUGAAUUGCUCGAAAAAUUUGAACUUAUCGCCAAAUGCUUCACGGAGAAGGGUGACUCAGCUUUGGCGCACCGCCAAUCAAGUAUGAAAAUUGGCAUCGAAGGCACCAUUUCUCUGGGCGCGAAGUCCUUCUCGAAGAAAAUCAUCUCCAUCCUCGACCUCAAAUCUACUGCUUCUGCCAGCACUGCUCAGACGGAGGAGUGCAUCAUGUCCAACAUCUUCGGCAAGAAAGGCAAGAGUUUCAGCGGUUCAGGCAAGGAACAUUCAUUCGGGUUAAUUGGAAAGACGAAACUGACGAGCUGUUCUGUUUUCCUGCACCCAUUUGGGGUUCCAGAUUCACCGCAUCGAAGCGCCGCACGCGUACGGUUCAAGAGCGCGAGCCUGAAUUGCGUCGACUCGCCCAAAAAGCAGAACGACGAUACCUGCAAAUACAGGGUGUUCGUUGCUACGUGGAACGUGGGCGGGAAGACUCCGAACGAUGGCCUUAACCUGCAGGACUUUCUGCAGGUGGACGAGUCCUCCGACAUAUAUGUCUUGGGGUUCCAGGAGAUCGUUCCCCUGACAGCCGGUAAUGUGCUUGUCCUGGAGGACAACGAGCCGGCGGCGAGGUGGCUGGCCCUCAUCCACCAGGCGCUGAACAAUCCGCAAGAGCAGUCGGACAGCGACGAGCCGCCGCUUGCCGCGUCAUCGGACCCUAGCACGGCCGACGCGGGCCGGCAGACUCGUCGUCGCGACUCCAUGGCCACCAGGUCCUCGAGCGGCAACCUCUUCUUCCAGACGCCGUCGCUCAAGGUCCUCAGCAACAGCUACCGCGUCGACAGCGCGCUCGUCAAGACCUGCAACUGUUCCGCCGAGACCUCUACCCAACGCCGCCGCGCCGCCGAGGCGCGUGACUCCGUCUACCGCGCCGAGACGCCCUCUACCAGCACUCCCACCGGCGAGGCCUCUUCGUCGACAGCCACCAGCCCCUGGGACGAAGACUCCGCCGGCACCGCCGCUGCCACGCCGGCCCAGGGCGAGCCGACGGACGACGGCGGCGGGAUGAGCUACUGCCUGAUCGCGAGCAAGCAGAUGGUGGGGCUAUUCCUGUCGGUGUGGGUAAAGAGGGAGCUGGUGGAGCACGUCGGCCACCUCCGGGUGGACUGCGUCGGCAGGGGCAUCAUGCGGUGGCUGGGCAACAAGGGGUGCAUCGCGAUGAGCAUGACGCUGCACCACACCAGCCUCUGCUUCGUGUGCAGCCACCUGGCCUCCGGCGAGAAGGAGGGCGACGAGGUCAGGCGGAACGCCGACGUCGCCGAGAUCCUCAAGAGUGCGCACUUUCCCCGUGCCUGCAAGCCCCCGUCCGCCGCGCACCGCGUCCUCCCCGAGCGAAUAAUCGACCACGACAAGAUGAUAUGGCUCGGCGACCUGAACUACCGAGUCUCACUCAGCUACGACGAGACGAGAACGUUGCUGGAGGACAACGACUGGGACGCUCUCCUGUUGAAAGAUCAGCUGAUGAUCGAGCGGGAGGCAGGAAGGGUGUUUGUGGGCUGGAAGGAGGGCAAGAUCUGCUUCGCGCCGACGUACAAGUACACGCACAACUCCGACGCGUACGCCGGCGAGACGGUUAAGUCCAAGAAGAAGCGGCGAACGCCUGCAUGGUGUGACCGGAUACUGUGGCACGGCGACGGCGUCGAGCAGCUGCAGUACCUGCGGGGCGAGUCGAGGUUCUCCGACCACCGGCCGGUCUGCGGCGUGUUCGCCGUCGAGGUGGAUGCGGGCGUCGAGGGCGGCGGCAAGAUGAGGACCUGCCACUCGCUCGCCGCGCGGAUCGGCUGUGACAAGACGGCGUCCCCGCAGACGCACGGCAGCUCCGUUGAGCCAUCGUCGUAG